UAGGCAGCCAUUGGGCAUGGUUGGGUUUUUUAUAUGUUCCUACUCCAUCGCAGGCGCCUGUGCCGUUUGCUGCUGAUGAAUCCGUCCCAACUCUCACUCUUUCCUUCCUUCUACAAUUCUUUCUACAAUUCAAUUCAUUUUAUUCGAUUCAUUUUCUAUAUUCGAUUCAUUCCACCUCGCCGUGAGCUAUCCCCAAGUUCAGGGCUAGCGUGCUUACUUAUUAACUUUUUGUGUACCAUUCAUUUGCGUUGGUGGUGCAAAUUCCAUGCCUGAGACCAAUAUUGAGGGAUCUGAGGCUGCAGAGCCGACCGCCCUUUCAUCGCACCAGUCACCUCCGCCCCAAGUGACUAGUGUAGAUGGUGAUACUCAGAACCCGGCCGGUCUGUCCCACGAUUCGGUCGCAGAGCCCGAAAAUCCCAAAGCGGAAGGGACUUCGAACAGCGCAAAGUAUUCACCACGAAGCGUUGAGACAACGGUUGCAGGCGACUCCUCACCCUUAAGCCAGUCCACAAGACCUUCGAAGGAGUACGGCGACAUCCAUGUGGGGCCCCGCAGUGGUGGCGUCGAUGUAACCCAGGCAGAACACGACUUUGCCGAGCUCUCUAAAGAGCUGUCUCGAGCUUCUUAUGAUGCGCGUCGAUUGGAGAAACCACAAAGCCGACAAUCGGGGAAAUUUGUUACCCACGGUAAGACCCAUGAUGUUUCCAGGGCCGAACUUCCAGACAUCGAGAAGGGACCGACUAGCGACAGCUCGGAAGAGGAAGCAUUCGACUUGGAAGAGUAUCUAAGGGGUUCCAAAAGCCAAGAGGAAGAAGCGGGAAUCAAGAGCAAAAGGAUUGGAGUUAUUUGGGAUGGUUUGACCGUUGCUGGCGUUGGCGGAGUGAAGAAUUUCGUGAAGACAUUUCCGGAUGCAUUCGUGAGCUUUUUCAACCUCUACGAGACCGCUCAGACCGUUCUGGGACUCGGAAAAAAAGGGCGCGAGGUGGAGAUCCUGAACAAUUUCAAGGGCGUCCUUAAGCCUGGAGAAAUGUGCCUUGUCCUUGGGAAACCGGGAAGCGGCUGCACGACAUUCUUAAAGGUCAUUUCAAAUCAGCGAUUCGGAUAUACCCGAGUGGACGGCGACGUGUUAUUCGGCCCAUACGACAGCGCCAGCUUCGAAAAAAGAUAUCGAGGCGAGGCCGUGUACAAUGGAGAAGAUGACGUCCACCUUCCUACGCUCACCGUUGGCCAGACCUUCAACUUUGCUCUGGAAACCAAAAUUCCUGGCAAGAGACCGGCUGGCUUGACGAGAAAGGCAUUCCAAGAGAAGGUUGUCGACUUGCUACUGAAAAUGUUCAACAUCCAGCAUACGAAGGAUACCAUCGUUGGAAAUUCAUUCAUUCGAGGCGUUUCUGGUGGCGAACGGAAGCGCGUGAGCAUCGCCGAGAUGAUGAUCGCCGGCUCCUGCGUCAAUUGCUGGGACAACUCAACCAGAGGCCUUGACGCCAGUACCGCGCUCGACUUUACCAAGAGUUUAAGAAUUAUGACGAACAUCUACAAGACCACCACAUUCGUUUCGCUCUAUCAGGCCAGCGAGAACAUCUACAACCAAUUCGACAAAGUCAUGGUCAUCGAUGAAGGCCGCCAAGUAUUUUUCGGGUCUGCUAAUCAGGCUCGAGCAUAUUUCGAAGGCCUUGGAUUCCUUGAGAAACCGCGUCAAACGACACCGGACUAUUUGACCGGAUGCACCGAUCCUUACGAGCGCGAAUACAAGGACGGUAGAUCGGAGAAAGACGUUCCAUCAAGCCCUGCUGCGCUUUCAAAAGCCUUUAAUGAGUCGCAGUUCGCCCAGGACCUGUCGCGGGAUAUGGAGACGUAUCGUGCUUCGAUGGACGAAGAGAAACACGUCUACGAAGAGUUCCAGGCAGCGGUCCAUGAAUCCAAACGUCAUACUAGCAAGAAGUCCGUCUAUUCCAUCCCUUUCCACCUGCAGGUCUGGGCCAUCAUGAAGCGGCAGUUCGUGUUGAAAUGGCAAGAUCGAUUCUCGCUAGUAAUGUCUUGGUUCACCUCGAUCGUUAUCGCCAUCAUCGUCGGUACAGUCUGGUUCAAGCUUCCAAAGACAUCCGCUGGUGCCUUCACUCGUGGCGGUGCGCUUUUCAUUGCACUCUUGUUCAAUGCUUUCCAGGCCUUCUCCGAGCUCGCGUCCACCAUGGUCGGCCGUCCUAUAAUCAAUAAACAUCGUUCGUACACAUUCUAUCGACCGUCUGCACUCUGGAUCGCCCAGAUUGUAGUUGAUCUAGCCUUUUCGACUGCCCAGAUCUUGGUGUUCAGCAUCAUCGUUUACUUCAUGUGCGGUCUAGUCCUAGAAGCAGGUGCUUUCUUUACCUUCGUCUUGAUGAUCGUUGCGGGUUACCUGUCCAUGACGCUGUUUUUCCGAACGGUCGGAUGUCUCUGCCCGGAUUUCGAUGUCGCCAUUCGGUUAGCGGCAACCAUCAUCACGUUCUUCGUCUUGACAUGCGGGUACCUCAUCGGCUACCAGGAUUCGCAGGUGUGGCUCCGCUGGAUCUUCUACGUCAAUGCACUCGGCCUCGGAUUUUCCUCACUCAUGAUGAACGAGUUUGGUAAACUGGAGUUGGAGUGCACUGCGGAGAGUCUCGUGCCUUCGGAUCUGACAGGUCAAUUGGGGGGGCUAUACAACGACAUCCUGCACCAAUCCUGCACUCUGCAAGGCAGUCAGCCUGGGAGCAGAAUGGUGUCAGGGAAAACCUACAUCGAAGCGGCAUUCGAUUGGACUCCAUCGGACCAAUGGAGGAACUUUGGCAUUAUGGUUGCCCUGAUCGUAGGGUUCCUAAUGACGAACGCGUUCCUUGGCGAGUAUAUCAAAUGGGGCGCGGGAGGUCGAACCGUGACCUUCUUCGCUAAGGAAAACGACGAGCGAAAGAAGCUGAACGAGAAACUUCUAGAAAAGCGCAGCAACAGGCUGAACAGGACAGCCAGCAAAGCAGAAGGCGCAGAGCUAAAUAUCGCAAGCAAAGCGAUCCUGACUUGGGAGGAUAUUUGUUACGAUGUCCCUGUUUCGGGCGGCCAACUUCGACUCUUGAACAACAUCUACGGCUACGUUCGCCCUGGCCAGCUCACAGCUUUGAUGGGAGCAUCUGGUGCAGGCAAAACCACGUUGCUGGAUGUCCUGGCAGCUCGCAAGAACAUCGGCAUCAUCUAUGGAGAUAAACUGGUUGACGGAAAGGAACCCGGGCCUGCAUUCCAACGUGGUACAAGCUACGCCGAACAACUCGACGUCCAUGAACCGUCCCAGACCGUACGCGAAGCUCUCCGAUUCAGUGCCGAACUCCGGCAGCCCGUGUCCGUUCCGCAAGAGGAGAAACAUGCGUACUGCGAAGAGGUUAUCGGCCUUCUCGAGAUGGAGGACAUUGCCGACGCAAUCAUUGGCGAUCCGGAAAAUGGUCUCGCGGUCGAGCAGCGGAAACGUGUCACCAUUGGCGUGGAAUUGGCCGCGAAGCCCGAGUUGCUCCUCUUCUUGGACGAGCCAACCUCCGGUCUCGAUUCUCAAUCUGCAUUCAACAUCGUCCGUUUCCUACGCAAGCUCGCCGCUGCCGGACAAGCCAUCCUGUGCACGAUCCAUCAACCGAACUCGGCGCUUUUCGAGAACUUCGACCGACUGCUCCUACUGCAGCGGGGUGGGCAAUGCGUCUAUUUCGGCGACAUCGGCAAAGACGCCGUCCUGCUCCGCGAGUAUUUCAAGAAGCAUGGUGCUUUCUGCCCUCCUGAUGCCAACCCUGCCGAAUGGAUGCUCGACGCCAUCGGUGCCGGCCAGACGCCGCGGAUCGGUGACCGAGACUGGGCGGAUAUCUGGAAGGAUUCGGAAGAGUUCGCCCACGCUCGGAGCCAGAUCGUCGAGAUGAGGGAGCAGCGCAUGAAGGAAGUAGGCGAAGCCGCACCGGUUGAACAAAAGGAAUACGCCACGCCGCUCUGGCACCAGAUCAAGGUCGUUAACAAGCGCAUGCAGCUCGCCUUCUGGCGCUCACCCAACUACGGCUUCACCCGCCUCUUCAACCAUCUCGCCAUCUCGCUGCUCACUGGCCUCAUGUUCCUGAACCUCGACAAUUCCCGCGCCUCGCUCCAGUACCGCGUCUUCGUUAUCUUCCAGGUCACCGUUCUGCCCGCCAUCAUCCUCGCGCAAGUCGAACCCCGCUACGCCAUGUGCCGGAUGAUCAGCUUCCGGGAACAGGCCGCCAAAGCGUACAAGACCUUCCCUUUUGCGCUCAGCAUGGUGCUCGCGGAGAUGCCGUACAACGUGCUGUGCACUAUCGUCUUCUUCCUGCCGAUCUACUACAUCCCCGGUUUCCAAAUGACGACGUCCCGCGCCGGAUACCAGUUCCUGAUAGUGCUGAUCACCGAGAUCUUCAGCGUGACGCUGGGCCAGAUGAUCGCGGCGCUGACCCCCGAUCCCUUCAUGGCCUCCCACGCCAACCCCUUCGUCAUAAUCGUCUUCGCCCUCUUCUGCGGCGUCACCAUCCCCAUGCCGCAGAUCCCCGGCUUCUGGCGCGCCUGGCUGUAUCAGCUGGACCCGUUCACGCGCCUCAUCGGCGGCAUGAUCGUGACCGAGCUGCAUGAUCGUCCCGUGCAGUGCAAGCCGCAGGAGUUCAAUACCUUCACGUCGCCGCCGGGCAUGGACUGCGGGGAAUACAUGGCGCCAUACUUCGCGGCCGGGGGGCCGGGUUAUAUCGCGCAGAACAACACCCAAGAUUGCAGUUAUUGUGCGUUCCGCGUGGGCGAUGAGUUCUUUAACCCGCUGGGAUACGACUUUGCCAAUCGGUGGAGGGAUCUCGGUAUCUUCACUGCGUUCAUUGGCAGCAAUUUGAUCAUUCUAUUCAUCGCGGCGAGAUUCUUGAAUUUCAACAAGCGGUAAUUUGUGCCGUUUGAUCUUUAAAAGCUGGGUGUUUUCGGUUGUUCGAGACGCAUAGACAGCGGCUUGGAGGGUUUUGAUAAAAUCUGUUCUCUUGCACAAUAGAGCUGCAUGGGCAACCCAAGUUGAAUCGUCGCACAUUAGUUAGUCGGCGAUUGAGGGUACAAAUCAUAGGAGUCACACCUGUUGAAGGUGUUGAAAAACCAGCGGCCGCAUAAUCACCGAGAUUGAGACACUGAAAAUUUUCCUAUUUUUCUUAUGAAGAGAAGCUA